UACUUAGCAAGCGGGGCAGUACACCGGCUAAUUCCUUGCACGUGCGGCUUGCUGCGGAGGGAACGCGACGACACCAAAGAUGGACAUCCAGCGAUCCCUUGAACUCUUGCAUAUGACCAUUUACUCCCAGAGUGUCUCACCUUGUGGCAAGUAUUUAGCAGCUGGGAACAGCUAUGGAGAAAUCGCCAUAUUCAGCCUCUCAGCAGCACUGAGCUCUGAAGCCAAGGAGGAGAGCAAGAAACCAGUCAUGACCUUUGUAGCGCACGAUGGUCCUGUCUACGCCAUGGUAUCCACGGACCGGCAGCUGUUAAGUGCUGGCAAUGGUGAAGUCAAGGCCUGGAAUUGGAGUGAAAUUGUGAAGAAGGGUUGCAAAGAAGCCUGGAGUCGGAGGCCACCUUACGGGAGCAGCCUGGAGGUGCCAGAAAUCAACAGCCUUCAGCUCAAUCUCAAGGACAACAGCCUUUUAAUGGCUGGGGGAGACUGUGCCAUUCACAUGAUGGAUCUGGAGUCUGGAGUCUUCACUCAAGAAUAUCAGGGCCACACUGAUUAUAUCCACUGUCUUGCUCUUCGGGAGCAGCUCAGAGAGUGCCUGUCUGGAAGUGAAGAUGGGACUGUGCGCCUCUGGGAUUUACGUACUGGAGGUCAAGUUCAAUCAAUUGAAGUGCAUAAAUAUGAGGAAUGCAACCGGCCACAGUAUGGGAAAUGGAUCCGUUGCCUGGCAACUGACUCUGACUGGAUGGUGUGUGGUGGGGGCCCAGCGCUCACCCUGUGGCAUCUCCGUUCGGUCACACCCACAACAGUAUUUCCUGUGCCCCAGUGCCAGCAGCAAGUGAUGUUCUACCAGGACUUGAUUUUCUCAGCUGGCCACAGUCCAACUAUUAACCAUUUACAGAUCAGUGGGGAAGUGAAGGCCCAAAUCCCUUGCAUCCCUCGUUGCGUUCACUCGCUCUCCAUCAACGAGCAUUCACCAGAGCACAAGGUGCUGACUGCAGCUGGAAGCAGCCACCGCAUCGAUGUUUUCACCAACUUUGGUUACCGGGCCUUUUCCCUUACCUUCACCUAGUGCUAUUCAGUAUCUGCCUCUUGUAAAUACUCCUCUUUCUUAAUUCUGGUAUCGAGCAGGGAGUGCUUGUGUGACAGCAGGCAGUCAUCUUGGGUGACGUGUGCCAUUGGUCCGGGAGGGCGGUGCUUCUCUAACCACCAAGGAGAACCCCACAACCCUCCCAUAAUCCUUUUAGGACUGCUUGGAGUGCAUGUCCAUGGCUUUACAGUUGUGGUGUAAAUGAAGGGCACUGAAGAUGCUGCCCAUGCUGGCUGUAUUCAGAAGCCCCCAUUCCAAAAUUGGAAUAGAUUCUGCACUGCAGGAAAUUAUCUCUUUAUCCUAUGUCAGAUUAAGUGCGUUAUAACAAUGUAACAUUUUUAUAUUAAAGAGUCAGCAAGUU